GCACCUGGCAGGGCUUGGCAGCUUUUGGACCGACCGCGCUGGGACGACGACGGGGCGGCCCGCGGAGCCGCGCCGGGUCCUCCCCAGCCAAGCAGGGACCCGCCCGCGACGCCUGCGCCCGCCUGGGCACACAGCCCAGCCGAGAGGGGCAGCCAACCAUGGCUCUCACGGCGCGGCACCCCGGCGCCGACUUACGGAUCCUCGUCCCCGGCAAGUUCGCCUGGUACUGCGUGCCCGAGCAGGUCGCGCAGCGCGAGGUUCCCGUCCUGGACGGCUGUACCAUGGUCAGCACCGACGCGACGUACGUCUACGAGCAGUUCUUCGCGGAUUUCGGCCCCUUGAAUCUGGCCUGCGUCACGAAGCAUUGCAGGCGCAUGUUUUCGCUGCUGGAACAGGGGACGACGGUCGUGCACUACUGCGGCGACCACCCCCACAAGCGGGCGAACGCGGCGUUCCUCGCCUGCUGCGUCUGCGUGUGCGUGCUCAAGCAGACGGCGGAGGAGGCCUUCGCGCCCUUCCUGGGCUGCGACCCGCCCCUGCACCCGUUCCGCGACGCCGGCUUCGGCGUGUGCACGUUCCAGUGCCUCGUGCUGGACUGCGUCCGCGGCGUCGCCAAGGCCUGCGCGCUGAAGCACUACGACUACGCACAGUUCGACGUCGACGCCUACGAGACCCUCGAGAAGCUGGAGGAGGGCGACCUCGCGUGGAUCGUGCCCGGCAAGUUCGCCGCGUUCAGCACGCCGACCGAGGAGCGGCGGGAGCUGCGGCCGGGCGUCUUCACGCUGGCGGUGGAGCAGUACGCGGCCCUCUUCAAGCGGCUCAACAUCACGUGCGUCGUCCGGUUCAACAAGAAGCUGUACGACCGCGCCAUCUUCCAGAAGGCGGGGAUCCGGCACGUCGACCUGUGGUACGAGGACGGCUCGAACCCGUCCGAGGCCAUCCUCCAGCGGUUCCUCGCGCUGUGCGAGCAGGAGGCCGGCGGCGUCGCCGUGCACUGCAAGGCGGGCCUCGGGCGGACGGGGACGAACAUAGGAGCGUACAUGAUGAAGCACUUCGGCUACUCGGCGCGGGAGUGCAUCGGCUGGAUGCGCAUCUGCCGGCCGGGCAGCGUGAUCGGGCCGCAGCAGCAGUUCCUGGUCGAGGCCGAGGACCGGCUGUGGCGGGAGGGGGCCGUGUUUCGGCAGCAGCGGGCGAACUGGCCGGAGCAGCCGCUCCCGUCCCACAAGCCGCCGCUGUACGAACCGCCCGCGUACCUCCCCUCCGGCUCGCUGGUGGGCGUGAACCGGGCGCGGGCCGCGGCGCAGGUCGCCGCGCGGCGGGCCAAGGUGAAUCGGCGGCCGACCGGGUAAACUUAUAGCUAGU